GGGAGGAGAUCGGAGGGGUGCGACUUAUUAUUAGGAAGGGGUUCCUUGUGUUUGGUAUAUUCGGUGUAUAUGAAGGCGUUACGUACAUUUUUCAAUCAUCCAUACAUUUACCUCCGUGUCCCAUCUCUCCCACAUCUCUCCUCCUUUCCCUCCCCAUUACUCCUCCUACCCCCCCUCCAUCUCUCCUCCUCUCCUCAGGUGCGGGGAAGUCUCUAGUAGGGGUAACGGCAGCCUGUACUGUCCGUAAGCGCUGUCUGGUUCUGGGGAACAGCUCUGUGUCAGUAGAACAGUGGAAGGCUCAGUUUAAGAUGUGGUCGACCAUCGAUGACUCUCAGAUCUGCCGCUUUACCUCCGAUGCCAAGGACAAGCCGAUUGGCUGCUCGGUGGCCAUCAGUACAUACAGCAUGUUGGGACACACCACCAAGAGGUCUUGGGAGGCAGAGAGAGUGAUGGAGUGGAUGAGGUCCCAGGAGUGGGGUCUCAUCAUCCUGGACGAGGUGCACACCAUCCCUGCCAAGAUGUUCCGUCGGGUUCUGACCAUUGUCCAGGCCCACUGUAAACUGGGUCUGACCGCUACACUGGUCCGUGAGGACGACAAGAUCGUCGAUCUCAACUUCCUGAUUGGGCCCAAGCUGUUCGAAGCAAACUGGAUGGAGCUCCAGAACAACGGAUACAUCGCGAAGGUCCAGUGUGCCGAGGUGUGGUGUCCGAUGUCUCCGGAGUUCUACCGAGAAUACGUGGCCAUCAAGACGAAGAGACGUAUCCUCCUCUACACCAUGAACCCCAACAAGUUCAGAGCCUGUCAGUUCCUCAUCAAGUUCCACGAGAGACGUAACGACAAGAUCAUGGUGUUCGCUGACAACGUCUUCGCUCUGAAGGAGUACGCUAUCCGCCUCAACAA